GCAGCGCCGAUAAAAGGUGAGCUACGGCGUGGAGAUUACAUCCAGAUUACAUCCUUACAUCUACGCCUGACCUGUAGCUUCUGUCAACUCACAGCCAUGUCCUACCUGAUCGCCCUACUUCUUGUCCUGCCCCUCGCUGUCUACUGCCAAGUCCCAAACCUUGACGCCAUCACGGCUGAUGCCUUCAGAAAGUCUGACAUAGACGGCGAUGGCAACAUUGAGCGUCCAGAGGUCGAUCAAUACUUUCAGAAAUACGACACCAACCACGACAACCGCAUCACCCAGCACGAGUACAGCCUCCAGGUGAACUCCACCUACGCCCACGACCCCCAGGUCACCCACAUCCUCCACAGCCUGUUCGACGGUCUCGACUUCAACAACGACCGCCAUCUGGAUACAGCCGACUACGACCAUUUCUUCACCAUCACAGACUCCAACAACAACCAACUUCUCAGCUUUGACGAGUUCUCCAAGGUUUUCAAGGGUGCGCUACAAGCUGCGAUUGCAGGAAACUAAUAAGCCACUGUAAACUGUUUUGUUAGCAUUUCCUGAACUGUACUCUAGAAUAAGAGGAUUAACACAUUAUAUGAUUUGAUACAUGAGAAUAUAAUACAUCUUUUUAUGCUUUAAAUUUA